AUGGCAAUAUUUCAAGUUUCAGCAAAACUCGGAAGCUCUCUACUUUUUGAGCCCGUGACCAAUCAUCCCUUCUUGACUUUCCUGCUGCCAUUCUUUGCAUAUGGGUUUAUUCUUACUGUAUACCGGCUCUUUUUUUCGCCGUUAUCAGCUGUCCCGGGUCCAAAGCUGGCUGCGGUGACCCGACUAUGGAUUCUAUAUCACGAUUACCAGGAUCAAAGAACUGAUAUCGUCAUUGACCUUCAUCGAAAAUACGGGCCAGUUGUGCGAUUAGCCCCAAAUGAAGUCUCAUUUACCUCCACUACUGCCGUGAAAGAUAUAUACACUGGAUCCGGUCGUGAAAGCGGGUUCCCUAAAGGUAAGGAAAUCGUGGCCGGCUUACUUGCCCGGAACCUUACAAGAAUAUUAUUGGUGGAAUAA